AUGGCAGACCAGCAAGCAGUGGAGACGUUCCUGGAUAACAAUCCGCAGGUGGCCAAGGCGUACUAUGAGAAGAAGCUGAAGGCUGAAGUGUUAGGGGCUGCAUUCACAGAGAAGGUGGAUAUUAAAGACACAGCUUCUUUCAAUGAAGCUACCAAGAUCGUGGAGGCUGGCUUUAUUUUUGAAUUUAUCAAUGAGAUGAAGGGCACUGGCCCUAUGGAGAAGUGUUUGCAUAAGGUCCUGCAGAGACUCGUCUUGCUGCUUAAGGCAGACAGGUGCAGCUACUUCACCAGCAGGUCCCGAAACGGCAUUCCGGAACUUUCCACUCUGCUCUUUGAUGUGACAGCAACCUCCUCACUUCCCCAAAACCUGGUUAACCCCAACGCAGAGAUAGUGUUUCCAACGGAUAUGGGGAUAGUUGGUAAGACGGCAGUAUCAAAGAAGUCCUUCAAUGUUCCUGAUGUGAAACAGAACUCACACUUUAGUGACUUUGUGGACAAGAUGACAGGAUUCACCACAAAGUGUCUCCUCACUGCUCCCAUUGUAAGUGGGACGGAGGCUAUUGGUGUUGUGAUGGUCCUGAACAAGCAAGGAGCCAAUGAGUUCUCCAAAGCGGACGAAGAUCUCUUCAAUAAGUAUAUGGCCUUUGCCAGUGUGAUUGUGGUGCAUGGCCACACAUCCUACAUGCACAAUGUGGAAUACAGAAAGAGUCAGGUACUCUUGGAGUCAGCCAGCAAAGUGUUUGAAGAGCUUACAGAUAUAGAGAGGCAGUUUCACAAGGCACUGUACACCGUGAGGGUUUACCUCAACUGUGAGAGAUACUCUGUAGGUCUGCUGGACAUGACCAAAGAAAAGGAAUUCUUUGAUGAGUGGCCCAUCAAGCUGGGAGAGCAGGAGCCAUACAAGGGUCCAAAGACGCCAGACGGAAGAGAGGUGAACUUCUACAAGAUCAUUGAUUAUCUCCUGGAGGACAAAGAGGAAAUUAAAGUUAUUCCAGCUCCACCAGUAGAUCAUUGGGCAUUGGCCAGUGGCCUUCCAACGUAUGUGGCUGAAAACGGCAUGAUCUGUAACAUGAUGAAUGCCCCUGCAGAUGAAUACUUCACCUUUCAGAAAGAUGCCGUAGAUGAAACUGGCUGGAAGAUCAAAAACGUGCUUUCACUUCCAAUUGUCAACAAAAAGGAAGAAAUAGUGGGUGUGGCCACUUUCUUCAAUAGAAAGGAUGGUAAGCCCUUUGAGGAGAACGAUGAACAGAUUACAGAGGCACUCACUCAGUUUUUGGGAUGGUCAACCCUGAACUGUGACACCUAUGAUCGCUUAAACCAAACGGAAUGGAAAAAGGAGAUUGCUCAUGAGAUUCUCAUGUACCAGAGCAAAGCCACCCCUGCACAGGUGCAAUCCAUCCUGAAUACGAAGGAGAAGUUUGACAAGUUGCCUGAAGACUGUGAUCAGAAGGAGAUGUACAAGCUUUUGAGGUCAAAUAUUCCGGAGUGCAAAGACAUGGAUAUACUGGAAUUCCACUUCAGCGACUUACCCUUGCAAGAGACGGACCUCAUCAGAUGUGGCAUCCGCUGUUUCUUUGAGCUGGGAGUUGUGGAGAAGUUCAAAGUACCUGCAGAGGUGCUAACAAGGUGGAUGUACACCGUUAGGAAAGGCUAUCGUGACAUCACCUACCACAACUGGAGGCAUGGCUUUAAUGUGGGCCAAACCAUGUUCACCCUGCUGAUGACUGGCAAGCUGAAGAAGUAUUACUCUGACCUCGAAGCCUUUGCAAUGGUUGCCGCAGGAUUUUGUCAUGAUAUUGAUCACAGGGGAACUAACAAUCUGUACCAAACAAAGAGUGCAUCUCCUCUGGCUAGACUGCAUGGGUCUUCCAUCAUGGAGCGCCAUCACUUGGAGUUCAGCAAGAGCCUUAUGGGAGAUGAGACAAUAAACAUCUUCCAGAACCUUCAGAAGCGGCAGUUUGAGACUGUACAGCAUCUCUUUGAUGUGUGCAUCAUCGCCACAGAUCUGGCUCUCUAUUUCAAGAAAAGGACCAUGUUCCAGAAGAUUGUCGAUACCGUGGAGCCCAUGGCUGAUGAAAAAGAAGCUAUCAAUCACAUCUCUACUAAUCCCACAAGAAAGGAGAUUAUUAUGGCGAUGAUGAUGACGGCUUGUGACCUGUCUGCUAUUACUAAGCCAUGGCAGGUCCAGAGCAAGGUUGCCGUUAUGGUUGCAGCUGAAUUCUGGGAGCAAGGAGACCUUGAGAGGACGGUACUGGACCAAGAGCCCAUUCCCAUGAUGGACAGAAACAAGGCUGAGGAACUACCCAAAAUGCAAUGUGGUUUCAUUGAUUUUGUGUGCGCAUUUGUUUAUAAGGAAUUUUCAAGAUUCCAUAAAGAAAUUACGCCAAUGUUAAAUGGAUUGAACAUCAAUAGAGAGGAAUGGAAGAAGCUGGCUGAUGUCCAUGCAGCUAAGGUUCAAGCCCUAGAAGACGCCAAGAAAAAGUUGGAGGGUGGGAAUGAGGAGGCUGAUGCCGUGUACAGAACACCUGCCUUUGAACUCCAAGUGAAGGCUGAACCUCCCCAUUGA